UUCCUCCCGGUGAUUUUCUCUGCUCGUGAUGUUUCUUUUUUCCUCUGUCUGGUACCACAUCUUGUUCUCCAUUUACCUUUUUCGACUUCUAAAAUAUAAUUGUAGCUGGAUAACUGCAAGGAUUAAAAACAAUAAUAUUUAGUCUUGAAUUUAAAAAGUCCUGACUUCAAGUUUAGCUCAAAUUUCCAAGUGUUCUGGAAUUGUUCAUUUCAUUUUCGGAGCGCGUUCAGCUUAUCACACCAUUCGGCUCCUUGUUAGCGACAGUUUAAAAGCCGUAAAAAGGCGAACGCACACACUCACUGUGUGUGUCCUCUGUGUUCCCGGCUGCAGGUUAUGAGGACGGCAGGAUGGAGUUCCCAGACCACAGCAGACAUCUACUCCAGUGUCUGAGCGAGCAGCGGCACCAGGGCUUCCUGUGCGACUCCAUGGUGCUGGUGGGCGAUGCCCAGUUCCGCGCCCACCGCGCCGUGCUGGCCUCCUGCAGCAUGUACUUCCACCUGUUCUACAAGGACCAGCUGGACAAGCGAGACGUGGUGCAUCUCAACAGCGACAUCGUGACGGCGCCGGCCUUCUCCCUGCUGCUGGAGUUCAUGUACGAGGGCAAGCUGCAGUUCCAGGACCUUCCCGUGGAGGACGUGCUGGCGGCGGCCAGCUACUUGCACAUGUACGACAUCGUGAAGGUGUGCAAGAAGCGCUUGAAGCAGAAGGCCACGGCGGAGGCGGACAGCACGCGUAGGGAGGACGAUGGCGGCUCCAGCUGCUCCGACAAGGCCGACAGUUUGUCCGACGGUUCGACGGGGCAGCCCGCCACGGCCGACCUGCUGCACAGCGACGAAGAGGAGGAGGGGAAGGCCGAGGGAAGCCAGCUGUGGCUGCGGUUGCCGUCGGCAGACAGACCGGGGACACCGGGCGGGGCUGCGGCCAGUCCGGGGCACGGAGAGGCGGCGAGCCAGCCAGGUGAAGGCCUGGGAGAAGGGGGCAAGGCGCUGUCGCCCGCCGGCAGCCCCAGCAGCUCCACUGGGUCGCUCUCCCAGAGAUCCCACCGCUCCAUCAGCUCCCGCGCCGGCCACAGGGGCAGGAGGGUGUCGAACGACGCGGCCGACUGCGUCCUGGACCUGUCGGUGAAGCCCAUUGCCGUUAGCAACCACCAUCCGUCUUACUUCAGCGGGGCGGCUACGCCGGACAGCCUGCAGAGCCCGCUGGCGGUGAGGGUGAAGGUGGAGAGGGGGGUGGCCUCCGACGAAGACGAGGAACUGGGCGGGAGCGACUACAACAUGGAGCACAGCGGCCUCGGUAAGACGCAGGUUCCCAGCGCCAACGGAUGCCUGAGCCACCACGGAGUGGGCGGGCCCCUGUCGGCCCAGAGGCGGCUGGGUCUGGAGGCCCACCUGUCGGCGCUGCGCGAGGCGUCUCUGGCGUCGGAGUUGGAGAGGGACGAGAAGCCCCCGGCCUCGGCCGCUGCCAACGAGGACAUCCUGGGGGGGGAGAACGAGCACGCCCAGGCCGAAGCGGCCAGCAUGGACAACUCGCUGCUGCCUUACGUCUCCAACAUGCUGUCGGCCCAGCACACCCAGAUCUUCAUGUGCCCGCUGUGCAACAAGGUGUUCCCCUCACCGCACAUCCUGCAGCUCCACCUCAGCUCCCACUUCAGGGAGCAGGAGGGCAUCCGCUCCAAGCCCGCCGGGGACGUCAACGUGCCCACCUGCACCAUCUGCAGCAAGACCUUCUCCUGCAUGUACACGCUGAAGCGCCACGAGCGGACACACUCGGGUGAGAAGCCCUACACCUGCACCACCUGCGGCAAGAGCUUCCAGUACUCUCACAACCUCAGCCGUCACGCGGUGGUGCACACCCGUGAGAAGCCGCAUGCGUGCAAGUGGUGCGAGCGGCGCUUCACGCAGUCCGGGGACCUCUACCGACACAUCCGCAAGUUCCACUGCGAACUGGUGAACUCGCUGUCGGUGAAGAGCGAGCCGCUGGCGCUGCCCAACGUCAGGGAUUGGGCGAUCGAGGACAGCUCCCAGGAGUUAUGGAAGUAGAGUCGGAUUGUCGGGUUUGAACGAGGCUUGGGGAGGUGAGAGGAAGGUGGCAGAGUUAAGCGGUCGGGGGUUUAAGUGAGUCAUGUUCUUAUUCGUUGCGACAUCUCAUUCAACCGCACUUUAAUAGCACAUGAAAAUGUUACUACUGACUUAUUUUUACCGUCUGUUUGGGGGUUUCUGUUUUAUUUUAUUUUGAAGUCCCGUAACAAUUUGGCAUUAGUUCUCUUCUGUUGUUUUUUUUGUUUUUUGGUGUGUGUGUGUGUGUGUGGCGUCUGAGGACACGGCUCCCUCCCUAA